ACAAACCUAUAUAAACACUCAUAUAAAUAAAAUUAGGGUUUCAAUCGGACUGCUAAAACCCAGUCGUCUUCAACCGUUACAGAGCGUCUUCUUCAACAGAUUACAGAAUGAAGGUUGUUGCUGCUUAUUUGUUGGCUCUGUUGGGCGGUAACACGUCUCCAUCUGCUGAUGAUUUGAAGAACAUUCUUGGUUCAGUUGGAGCUGAUGCAGAUGAAGAUACAAUAGAAUUGCUACUAAAGGAAGUCAAAGGUAAAGAUAUCACAGAACUAAUUGCUUCCGGAAGGGAGAAGCUGGCUUCAGUUCCCUCCGGUGGUGGUGGUGUUGCAGUUGCCGCUGCAACUGGUGGCGGUGCCGCACCUGCUGCUGCCGCUGCUGAGACAAAAAAAGAAGAGAAGGUGGAAGAGAAAGAAGAAUCUGAUGAUGACAUGGGAUUCAGUUUGUUCGACUAAGUGAUUCAGCCACCGUGUGAGAAGCAUGCUUUCGUUUUGUUAUGUUGGUGUAUUUUCGCUUUGUUUUGUCAUAAAUUAUUGGUGUUUUCUAGACUUUGCAAAAUUUUUGGGGUUCCAAGUUUUGUUAGUUAAAGAUAUUAUGGUUGCACAUAUUUCUAAAGUGUUUUCAAGAUA